AUGGAACUGAAGAACCAACACGGGGUGACUUAUAGCCUUGAGAAGUACCUCAUUGCUAUAACAAUCCAAGGCAUUAAUAUUAGAGUGGAGCUUGGAGGACAGUUGGAAAAUUACAUUGAUGUUCUUGCUUGUUCAACAAAGAGCUUGACAGAAACUUUGAGGCUCAUUCACCAGCUCAUCAUUCCGGCUAUCCAGAAUAGCUGCCACGGUGUAAUCCUCCUCGAGCACAUCAUAAGACCACAAUGCGUCCAGGACUUCACUCCGCCGCGAUUCCGACAAAGUCAGUUUGUUUCCCUCCAGAGAUUAAAAGAAGCAUUAUCAUCAGUUCCUGCAGAGACUAUGUAUGACUAUCAACACACCUGGGACUCUGUUCUAGAUUCUGGUAAGACUGUUCUAAGAACUGGGUUUGAUUUAGCUCGCGACCUCCUCUCUGAUGAUGAUUUCCGAGAAGUAUUGCAAACAAGGUACCAUGAUCUGUACAAUUUAGCACAAGAACUACAAGUUCCCACCGAGGACAACCCCGAAGAUCAUGUACCGGUCACCAAUGAGCUGGAAAAAGUCGAUCCUAGCUUUGGUGGAAUCGCUAAGGGUGUAGAAGCAGUACUUCAGAGGCUGAAGAUUAUCGAGCAAGAGAUACGAGACCUGAAGCAAGAGAUCCAAGGACUGAGAUACUACGAGCACAGACUUCUGAUCCAGCUUCAUCACAAAGUGAAUUACCUUGUCAACUACAAUGUCCAGAUGGAUGAAAGACAAGUUCCAAACAUGUUUUACUUCAUCAGAGCAGAGAACUACGGGAGAAGACUGAUAACAGCGAUGGUUCCUGGCAUGAUUGCUCUAAGGAUACACAUGUUAUGCGAAUUUAGACGGGAAAUGCACGUUGUAGAAGAUCAGCUUGGAUGCGAUGUGAUGCAGAUAGACAACCAAGCAGUGAAGUGCUUGGCUCCAUACAUGACAAACUUCAUGAAACUGGUGACUUUUGCACUGAGGAUAGGAGCAAACUGGGCAGCUGGGAUGGGACACAUGAUACCUGACUUGGGCCACGCAAUCGCUCACCUAGCCAACCCAUCUGUCAUGGCUGGAGCAGCUGGAGCUGCAGGAGCCGUAGGGGUCGCUGCUGCAUUGGGUAGGAACCGAGGCAGAGAUAGAGAUAUUCAGGAGCAAGACCAAAGAGCAGCUCAACAGUGGCUCAUCGAUUACUUGAGGGAACAGAAUUGCUCAAAUGGGAGGGACAUUGCAGAAAAAUUUGGCCUGUGGCGAGUUAGAUACAGAGACGAUGGGUCUAUCGCAUGGAUCUGCAAACGGCAUAUGAUCACCAGAGCCAAUGAAGUGAUCCAAGUUCCUCUCUGA